AUCAGUUCCAAAACAAAAUUCCGGAAGUGCAUUACUGUGUUUGUAUAUAAUUUUCACCUUCUUUUUACGUGGUUAAACCACGAAAAGAAAAGAAAAACACAUUUGAAAAGGUUUGGCCGCCCGCUAAAAAAUCAGAAUCCCCCUAUAUUUCAUUUUUAAAGCGCAAAAAACAAAAGGUCAAACCAGAAGAAGUAUAUGGCACAAGAAGCAAGGCUAAAACUGAGAAUGCAAAAGGAGUUGAAGCUCCUUCUCGUCGAUCCUCCUCAUGGCGCUUCCUUUCCUACCCUCUCUUCACAAUCUAAUAUUACUGAUCUCUCUUCCAUCCACGCCCAAAUAUGUCUUGAAGAAACUUUUUAUAGCAAAGGAAUCUUCAAGAUUAAGGUUCAGAUACCUAAAAGGUAUCCGCUUCAGCUUCCGAUUGUGACUUUUGGGACGCCAGUUUAUUGCUCGAACAUCGAUAAUGGAGAUUUUCUAAAGAUUUACAAUAAAGUUUGAGGUUGAAUGAGGUCUGCAAUUGGCUUAUAGCAAGGCUGGGGCUUGAGGGAUAACGCUAAAUAUAGCGAAGAGUCGGGAAGCAAUAAUGGUGAAAAGAGAAGACUUCAUGUUAUAAGUAGGUAGUAAACAAAAUGGAUUGUUAGGGUAUAUGGUGUACUUGGAUCUAAAGAUGUUUCACUACCUGAGGCUACCCUUGUAGAAAUAAGAGAUCAGUAGAGUUUCUUGUAAUUGAAGUUGCAGUUUCAGACUGUAUUAGCUUUUUAUGUAGUACAAUAUCAAUAACAAUGUCCAUCGUCUUAAGUGUUCUUUUAUU